AUGGGUGACAACGUCCAGCUUUUCAAUCUUCCCUAUAUCGAAUUCAACUUUACUUUUAUAAAUACUGACUAUUUACCUGACUUCAAUUACAAACUAUACCUAAAUGACAUCAACAACUUUAUAAACAACAACAUCAAUAUCUUCGAAAUAUUUGCCAAAAAAUUCAACUUGAACUUGAACUACUUGAAUUUUUACACCGAUGACAACGACAACAACACCAAUACUGAUGAUACUGACUCCAAAAUUAAUAGCCCAAAUAGCGACAAAAAAAAUUACAGGUUAAUUGAUUUGCUAAAUUUCAAAAACAUCCUCAACAUUAACCAAAACAACAUCAAGAUUAAAAUUAAUUGCUACAUUUUAAAUCACUUGCAGAUUAAUAAUUUUCAUUUGUACCAGUCUUUAAACAAUGACUCAACUUUCCUUAGAUUUUAUUCUCUAAAUAACUCAAACAAUUAUUUAGACAACCAAAAUCAAUUUCAAGACUACAACCAAAACACUAUCACCUUACGAUUUCUCAAUAAAUUUAACAACACAUCCCUUGAUCUAUCAAACUCCUCUUCUCACUCCCUUUCUAACCCAGCUUCUAACAUAUCUUUCAAUCCAACCUCUUUCAACAAAUACUUACCAAUAUCCUCCCCUGACUUGAAUUUAUCUUUCAAAACUGAUAAUAAAAAACCAAUUUCCUUCAGUUUGAAUCUGAUCAUUCAGUAUUAUUUCAAAUACUUAUUUGUCAUCACCAACUAUUCCAAUUCUUUGACCAACUUACAGAAUUUAUCUUCACCAUCUUCAUUAAAUUCAACCGAUCCUUCUGUCUUAGUUUUUAAAAAACGCUAUAAAAAAUUCUUACAUUUCAUCAGACAAAAUUUCAAGUUUUUCAAAAUUUACUACAAAUUCAACUGCAUUUUAAUCUUAGAUAACAAUUUCAACGAAAUUGAUCACCAAAGUUCAAUAUCAACAAUAAAUAGAAUCACCUCAAAAAACUUAUCCUCUUUCUCAAACCUAGAAAUUUAUCCCAUAGAAUUUAACGAAUCCUAUACUCUAUACGAUAAUAAACAAGUCUAUAACUCAAAUGAUUACGUUAUUAAAAACUCUCAAAAAAUCAAAUCCUUUUUAAAACUACAAAACUCAAAUUUACGUUCUCAAAAAAAAUUCUCUUCAAUAUUAAAUAAAAAAGUUUUUGAUUCAAAUUAUUCAAAUUUCAUAAACAAACCCAAUAAAAAUUAUACCACCACCACCACCACUACUAACAACAACAACAAACCAAUGAGUAAAAAUAAAAACUUUUUAGUCAAAAAUUCCUUUGACAUUUUAAACUCCUUUAACAACACAACCCAACCAAAUGGCACCUCUAAAAGACGCUCUAGUAAAAACAAUAAUGAAAAUACUUCAGAUCAAAAGCCAAACCCAACUCAAAAAAAUAGCUGGGAAUUUAUUAAUCUAAUUAAUGACAUUCUCAGCAAUAACAAUGGUUCCUCUUCCAAAAAUUUUGAUGAUGUCGGCAUUAUACCUCAUCCAAUAAUAGAUAUUCCACUGAAAAACAUCAAUUACCAGAUCCAAUUGUCUCAAAAGAUUCAAAAGGUUCAAGUAGCUUUAUAG